GGGGGGGGUACUCCUGAUCACCAGAGGAAAGUCAUCUCCAGCCAACAGCCAGAAACUACAAUUCCCAGAGGCCCACACUAACCCUAACCUAAUCUAACAACAAGAAAAAUCCUCAAUAUCCUCAGUACGAACCAAAUGGGGCUGCGGGUUCUCCAUCAGUGGGGAGGGGCUGCGGGUUCUCCAUCAGUGGGUAGGGGCUGCGGGUUCUCCAUCGGUGGGGAGGGGCUGCGGGUUCUCCAUCGGUGAGGAGGGGCUGCGGGUUCUCCAUCGGUGGGGAGGGGCUGCGGGUUCUCCAUCGGUGACGAGGGGCUGCGGGUUCUCCACCAGUGGGGAGGGGCUGCGGGUUCUCCAUCGGUGAGGAGGGGCUGCGGGUUCUCCAUCGGUGAGGAGGGGCUGCGGGUUCUCCAUCAGUGGGGAGGGGCUGCGGGUUCUCCAUCAGUGAGGAGGGGCUGCGGGUUCUCCAUCAGUGGGGAGGGGCUGCGGGUUCUCCAUCGGUGAGGAGGGGCUGCGGGUUCUCCAUCGGUGGGGAGGGGCUGCGGGUUCUCCAUCAGUGGGGAGGGGCUGCGGGUUCUCCAUCGGUGAGGAGGGGCUGCGGGUUCUCCAUCGGUGGGGAGGGGCUGCGGGUUCUCCAUCGGUGAGGAGGGGCUGCGGGUUCUCCAUCAGUGGGGAGGGGCUGCGGGUUCUCCAUCGGUGAGGAGGGGCUGCGGGUUCUCCAUCGGUGGGGAGGGGCUGCGGGUUCUCCAUCGGUGAGGAGGGGCUGCGGGUUCUCCAUCGGUGAGGAGGGGCUGCGGGUUCUCCAUCGGUGGGGAGGGGCUGCGGGUUCUCCAUCGGUGGGGAGGGGCUGCGGGUUCUCCAUCGGUGGGGAGGGGCUGCAGGUUCUCCAUCACAUUUACAAAUCUGUCAGAAAGGAAAGGUUCCAAAAUAAGCCCCCAUCUUCUUAAACAGGCCCCUCUGACUGAAGCUGUUUGUUAAAGUAAAGGUAAAAACUGUCUGUGUCACCAUGGAAACCCAAAGAACAAACAAAGGUUUCUGCAGGACUCUGGGACUGUGAUAGUUCAUGUUCUUCUGGAUAAUAAUUGGACAUUUCUUCCGUUUGAAACGACAUUUUCACCGUUUUAGAGACGAUCGUUUCUGUACUUUGCUGUUUAUUUUUCGGACAUAUUUGGGGUUUCCGUCCUUGUGGUCAUUGAUCUACAGCUUUCAGUGUCGUCUUUUCAAUAAUGAUCUUAUUUUGGAUCCGUUUUUCUUUUCCAGAACAUUUAUCAAAGCUCAGAUUUCCUGUCCUCGACCCGGUUUUCUCUGGAUUCGGUUCUUCUCAGCAGCUGGACCUCAAAGCCUGGAGGAUCGGCGGCUCAUCAGGCAGCAGAAGAAGAUUUUUGGACCAUCAGAGAAACAUUUCUGGAUGCUGCAGAACCUCAGACAAGCCGUCGGGUUUUCCAGAACCUCCAGAUUUGCUGCUUCCCUCAGCAGACCAAACAGUCCAGCGUGUAAUAUCCACGUUUGACCACAGUGGGGCGCCAGGAGUUCAAAGGGUAGAACCUCAGAACUUUACAGUUUGACAGAAUGUUCCUGCAUGUUUGGAGAAGAACCAACUUUUAAAUCUAAAAAUGCAAAUACAGUCUUCUGUCUGUUGGUUCUGUUGAGAACCAAACCCAUCUGGACUUUGAGGUUCUGCUUGGAGGCAUCCUGGCAGUGGUUCUGUGGUUCCUCCUCAAAUGUUUCCUUUUAAGGGAGAUCUUUGAAGGACGUUCCACAGAGACCUCCUGGAUAUUUGAAGCAGUUCUGAAAGGUCCUCUGGGCCGGUCCUGGAGUUCUUGUUGGGUUUUUUAGAGCCUCUAUAGGUUCUAAAGGUGGUUCUGUGGCAGCGGUUCCACGGUAUCGAUUGAAAGGUGGAACGUCUUCCAAGCUUUUAGGAUUGAGUUCAUGUUUGAGCUUAUUUAACCGUUUCAUGGAUUUUCCAGGCGCUCAAAGUGGAUCCAUUAGUCCUUCAUCUUCUCAGAACCCGUCUGGAUGUUUCUGUGGACUUCCUGACGGUCUCUGCAGGAGAUCUUUGUGAAUCCAGGACCGUGGCCACGGCUGAAGGUGAAGGAGCCUCAGAAGGAAGGAAAGUUCACAGCCAAAGGAAAAACAGAAGCUGAACAUUCUGAUGGAGACGCUUCCAGAACCCUUCCAACACCAGAACCUGAUCCAGAAAAAGAGGAUUCUGCAGAGAAACAGGUCCUCCGUGUCAGGGUUCUGAUUCUGGACCCCUUUUGCUCUGAAAAUCGAUGUCUUUGAACGCAUCACCACCACACAAGGACAACACACACGCGCACGCACACACACUCAGUUAAAGGAUCAGAAAUCACCGCGGAGAUUUCCGUUAUGACGUCAGUUUGCUCAGAAUCUGCAGCCGUGGGAGUGACGUCACACCCUCACCUGAGCCGCCGUACCUGUUGCUGUUUUCAUUCAGCUGCGCUAACGAUCCUGUCACCGUUUGGCUCAGUGCGUGUGCGCGCGAACCGCCAAAUGUUUCUGUACAGCGGGUGAACAUAACAUCAGCGCACGCGCGGCCCGGUCAGCUCUCAGCGCACGCGCCGUAGUUUGUCCACGGGUCGUCCCUCUGUCACGCGCCGUCAACCUGUCUGCUGGAGGCUCACACCUCCCGACUGCGAACACGCGGAAACCCUUAUUUGGCGCGCGCCGUGACACAACUUGAGGCUUCAGCCAAUGACAGACGGGGGCGGGGCUGACAUGCAAACUAGCCCUCCUUAUUUGGCCUUGUCCCCGCCUCGUCCUGUCCCGCGCUGGUCCCCCGGGACCUCCGGAGCCACGGACCCGGGGAGAAGGAGCUGUCCGCCGGGACGGGGCAGCCAUGAGGAGCGGGGGAGGGAGGGGGAGAACGGCCGUCUUCCGCGGUCCGUCCCCCCUCUUGUUUGUUAAUCAUUUCAUUUUACUUCUUUUUGAAGCGCUGCCUCCUUUUUUUCUUACUCCUCCUUUCUCCGCAUUCCGCGCGGCUCGCCUCCUCCCGUCCCGGCUCUCCCCGUUCCGCUCCUCCGGCGUCUGCGCUCCGGUUCCCGGUUGGUUCUCCGCUGCGAUGCUCUGCCGGUUUCCCGCCCUCCUCAACUCCACCGCCGGGCCUGGGAUCUAAACCGAGCCUGCUGGAGCUGUCCUCUGGAUCUGGACCGGUUCUUUGGGGAGGUCUCGCUCCUGCACCCCCCGCCCCUCCUCCUCCGUUCUCACCUUAAUCCAGGUGUUUAACCGGCGGCUGCGGGAGGAUUACCCGCAUCUCCGCGUGCUGCUCCCGCCAGGAGAUGUUCUCCAUCCAGGACAGCCUCCCCCGGGGGGCCCUGACCAUGAAGGAGGAGCCGCUCCCCACCGGCAUGACCCCGGUCCGCUCCUGGAUGCAGGGCGCAGGGAUUCUGGACGCGAACACGGCGGCCCAAAGUGGGGUGGGGUUGGCUCGAGCUCACUUUGAGAAGCAACCCCCGUCCAACCUGAGGAAGUCCAACUUCUUCCACUUUGUGCUGGCACUAUACGACCGGCAGGGUCAGCCUGUGGAGAUCGAGAGGACCUCCUACGUGGACUUUGUGGAGAAAGACAAGGAGUACAACGGAGAGAAGACCAACAAUGGAAUCCACUACAGAUUACAGCUACUCUACAGCAACGGCAUCAGGACAGAACAGGAUCUUUACGUUCGGCUGAUCGACUCCAUGACCAAACAGCCCAUCCUGUAUGAAGGCCAGGACAAGAACCCGGAGAUGUGCCGCGUCCUCCUCACACACGAGAUCAUGUGCAGUCGAUGCUGCGACAAGAAGAGCUGCGGGAAUCGAAACGAGACUCCCUCUGACCCCGUCAUCAUUGACAGAUUCUUCCUGAAGUUUUUCCUCAAGUGCAAUCAGAACUGUUUGAAAAAUGCCGGAAACCCUCGAGACAUGAGGAGAUUCCAGGUGGUGGUGUCCACUACCGUCAAUGUGGAUGGGCACGUGCUGGCAGUGUCCGACAACAUGUUUGUUCACAACAACUCUAAGCAUGGCCGCCGCGCCCGACGCCUGGACCCCUCUGAAGCUACGCCCUGCAUCAAAGCCAUCAGUCCAAGCGAGGGCUGGACCACUGGUGGCGCCACCGUCAUCCUCAUCGGUGACAACUUCUUUGAUGGCCUGCAGGUGGUGUUCGGCACCAUGUUGGUGUGGAGCGAGCUGAUCACCCCUCACGCCAUCCGGGUCCAAACCCCCCCUCGACACAUCCCUGGAGUUGUGGAAGUCACGCUGUCCUAUAAGUCCAAGCAGUUCUGCAAAGGAGCUCCAGGACGCUUCGUCUACACCGCUCUGAACGAACCCACCAUUGACUACGGCUUCCAGAGGCUACAGAAGGUCAUCCCCCGCCACCCUGGAGACCCUGAGAGGUUACCAAAGGAGGUGCUGCUGAAACGAGCGGCCGACCUGGUGGAGGCUCUUUAUGGGAUGCCGCACAACAACCAGGAGAUCAUCCUGAAGCGAGCCGCCGACCUCACAGAGGCGCUCUACAGCGUUCCCCGCAGCCACAACCAGCUGCCAUCGCUCACCAGCUCCGCCGCACACUCGGGCAUGAUGGGAGUGAACUCCUUUAGCAGCCAGCUCGCCAUCAACAUUUCUGAGGCCUCGCAGGCGGAGCAGGGAUACUCGCGUAACUCCAACAGCGUGUCUCCUCGUGGCUACGCACCAAGCUCCACCCCCCAGCAGUCUAACUACAACACCAUCACAUCUACCAUGAAUGGGUACGGGGCGGGGAUGGCCAACCUGGGCGUGCCUGGAUCUCCAAGCUUCCUGAAUGGUUCUACGACCAACUCUGCUUACGCAAGCCCUUGUUCAUUCUCUCCUGUCCAUAUGGUUUCUGCAGUCAAACAGAAGAGCGCCUUCGCCCCCGUCGUGCGGCCACAGACCUCCCCGCCCCCCACCUGCACCACCAACAAUGGCAGCAACCUCCAGGCCAUGGCCGGACUCAUUGUGCCCCCCAUGUGACGACGAAGCACAACGUGAAGAUGUGGACCCGCCCACUCACCGGAAACACCACCCCCACCUUCUGCAGUUUCCUCCCAGAGAUGCCACCUCUAUCAAAUGUGGAAUUUGUUUGUUUUUUUGCACCUGAAUCUUAAUGAAAGUCAUGAACACGUAAAGGUUCAACCAGCAGUUUACCGUUUUUUCCGCCUGACGGCUGAUGGUGGAAUAAUGAGUCCCGAAACCUGGAUCCUUCAGAAUUUGACCUCUGUGAUGGGCUGUUAUCGGACCCGUCCAGCACAAACCUGAGGGAAAAUGUUAGGAGGCCUCUGGGCCAUUGACUGUAACCGGAAACUGGACCGAGUGAGUGCCACCCCCCCAAUAGAAAAUGGUUUACUUAUUGAGGCAUCUGAUUAGUCAGUUUGUAACUUAAAUAGCUUAAAGAAGAAAUAUCCUGAAAAAAAGAGGAUUACCAAGAAGAAGGUAUCAGAUCUUCUGACCAAUAGAAUGACUGAGGAACAGCUGUUCAUUUCUCUGUAGAAGUCGAUGGGGUUUUGGCUUCUUUGGGCCACUUCCUGUUUGGAACACCAGGGGGAGGAGUCACUCAGUCCCGUUCUCAGAUACAGUCAAUGUUCUGUACCAUCGGUCUGAGUGUUCAUGACCCGUCUGGAAGACGUGGGUCCGUCACAGGAGGCUCUGCAGCUGGUUUCUAUGGGAUCUGGUCUUCUGGGGUCUUUGUUCUCACUGUGGACCAAGUUGUGAUGGUUUUGACCACAUGUUCUUGUUGUUCUACUGGUUGGUCUUUUUUCUAUGUAUUUAUAGUCCAUUCUGGGGAGUUCUUCUGACUUAGGCCUGAAUGAUAGUUCAAAGAUAAAUAUGUAUGUAUCACAUUUGAUGUCUUAAUACUUUUAGAUCUAAUAAAGUCAGAGUGGAAGGACUUUUGUAAAAGAAAAAGAGAAGCCGUUGUUCUCAUGGAGGUCCUGGAUUCUGCCAGCAGGACCUCAGCAGCUCUUCCAUAACUUUUGUACAAAAAACUGUUCUGAUUCCAUAUUUAACUUUUGUAAAAAACAUUGUGCAUUUUUCUCGUCCUUUGUGUAUUUUUGUGAAAUGUAAAAUGAUGGUUCUUUCUUAAUGCACUAUUUCUGUUGAAGCACUUAUUGAGAAAAAAGUAUCUGAAAGAAAAGAACGAUGACGUCAGAAAAGCUUCCAUGUUUUUUAGCUGAGUCAGCGGAGAAUUUUCAACAUUUCCUAAUUCAAAUGUGAGCAGUUUCUAUUUUUAACGUUUUACCAUCUUUUUUUUCAUUAAAAAAAUAAAUACUUUCUGAAAGGAAUGUCUGGAUGCGGGCGCUGCCACAAUCGGGCUCUUUCUCCGGUUCUGGACCACCGGGUCCUCCGGAGACCAGAACCAAUCCAGUUCUGAGCCUUAAACACCAACAUGAAACAUCCGUCUCUGUUUCAUAACUGAUAAAAGGUUUACACAUUUUUUUCAUCUUUAGUUUACCCCCCCCCUAAAAAAAAGAGAUCAUUCUAUUUAAUACAAACUUAUGAAAUGUUUUUCAUCAGCAAAAGUGAAGCUUCAAAAACAAUUCUGCUAUGUAGAAACUAAACUUCUGAAUCAUCCAACAUUUACAUCGAAAAAAAAAAGAUUUGUUAUUUGAAACUAUGGAAUUAACCCUAGUACUAUCCUAUGACCCCCCCCCCUUACACUGACGUGUUCUCCCUACAGGGUUACAGUGCCCAGGAUAGCACAAGGGCUACGUUUCAUUCCAAACAUCAGAAACUUGAAGGAAUUAUGCUCCACUUUGCUCCUGUAAAUAUGAUUGUUCUUCAUGGAUCCAAAUGGAAGAAAUAAAAAUGAAUCAAAUCUAAAUCUAUCCACACGCUAAUCAAUUGAACAUCAGAGUUUCAAUAUAUUUUUCAAAUUCUUCUUUUCACAUUUUUUUUAGAUCUUUCUUUCUGUUGAGUAAAUCACGAAGCAAAAACUGCACAUUUCUGGGUUAAAUCUUUCAAAAGUUUGACUUAAUAUGUACAUUUUUCAACCUCAGCAAAAACGCAUCAGAAAUUGAAAGCCUUACACGUUAAAAACAAACUAAACACCUUCAGCCAAAUUCUAGAGCAACAUCUGGAAAUAACGUUCUCUUACUGCAUCCUCUCAACCCGCUUCUCAAUUUGUCUUUUUCUGUCUCCAGUUGUAAAAAUUCUCAUCUUCAUGUUUAAAAUGAAAAUGUUCUUUUUAAUGUUUUCCUUUAACAUGAAGCAGGGGCUUUGUGAAACCUAAACUAUAUCCUCCAAGUCUAUGAAAGCACAAUUCAUGUCUCUAGCAUAAAAAUGAGAUGUCCAGAUUUGUCCUUUCCCGUCUCUAGCCACGCUGUAAAUAGAUGCAUGUCUUCAGUUUUCUUCUUUUCUUGUGAUUCAGUGAUUUUUGUACAGAAACAAUCUAAUAAAGAUGGCGCUUGGCUUGAAGCUGUAAAA